UUCAACUACAUUUCCCUUCAUGCAACGGUUUCUCUUUAUUUCCGUGUUGCGAUCUCUGUUGUCUCUUUGCGAUACGUCUGUUUUCUUUCACAGUUUUAGAUAGUGCUGUGUAUACUUUUAAUUAAAAUAUAUGCAUAUAUAUUAAUUAUACACCCAAUUCGUAUGCCGGACCGUGUUUUUUUCCGUAGAUGCAGUCAGAGAAGAUGGAGGCGAGUUUCAAGCCAGUGACACAUGCCAUUUUCGACAUGGACGGACUGCUAUUAGAUACAGAGAGGCUGUAUACAGUUUCUUUCCAACAGAUAUGUGAUCGGUUUGGUAAGAAGUACACUUGGGACGUAAAAUCAUUAGUAAUGGGCAAAAAAGCACUAGAUGCAGCAUGCAUAAUCCGGGACAGCCUUGCACUUCCAAUGACACCUGAAGAUCUACUAGAGGAAAGUAGGAAGAUACAGCAGGAACUGUUCCCUACAGCUAAGCUGAUGCCAGGCGUGGAGAAACUUGUCCAUCACCUACACAAUGAAGGCGUGCCGAUGGCUGUCGCCACUAGCUCUGCGCGUCUAACGUUCGACAUGAAGACCAGCCAGCACAAGGACUUCUUUGGCCUGUUUCAACAUGUGGUGCUGGGCGACGACGAGGACGUGAAGAACGGCAAGCCAUACCCCGACCCCUUCCUUGUCUGCGCGAGUAGAUUUACCCCGGCACCUUUGCCAGAGAAGUGCUUGGUGUUUGAGGACGCACCCAAUGGUGUCCUGGCAGGGUUGGCGGCUGGAAUGCAGGUGGUGAUGGUCCCUGAUGCCAACCUGGACCAGAGGCUGACGCGGGAUGCCACGCUAACGCUAACCACGCUGGAGGAAUUUAGGCCGGAACUCUUCGGCCUUCCAGCCUGCAGCUGAGCCGCCAUCAAUACACAGAGAUUCAACUAUCCAUGCAAUUCAUGCUAAAUUAAACCUGUAAAACUAGUCACAUUCUUCUUGAUGACAUUGAUUUGUUUUGAUUUGUUUUAUCCACUAUUCAGGGAAGUGUCAGUCGAGGUAUGUUUUAUUACUCUAAAUAGUGAGCUCUUUUUUCCUUGUCCGUUUUAUGAAGUUAUAAUGUGGUGUGAUGAGCCAUGCCAGAACUAGUUGUUAAUCAUUCAGACUUGGAGCGGUAAGGUUUGUUCACUAGUCUGGAGUUCUUAAGCAGAGAUUUAACGGGAAGUUCACACCCCCGGCACGUCCUGGGUUAAUGUUCUCGAAUGGUACUAGAAAGACGACCCACGCACCUCUGUGUUCUGUAUCCAGGGGACAGUUUGCAAGGGGCCUCUACCUACACCAAAAAUUGAAUUUCACACCACGUUCUUACUACUGCUUUGUCCAUUCAUCUCAGAAUUAGGGUAAUCUGACACUUUCUACUCUAUUUGAUUUCAUCAUUCAUUCUUUGAGUUGUUGCUGGAAGGUUUUGAAGUACAUGUAGAAGUAAGAAUGUCUACAUGUUCAGCAGAAUAGACAGGACAAAUUGAGGUAAGACUGUGGCUGUCAUUCACUUCUCCAUUGUUUUCAACUGGAGGCAAUAGGAAAUUCAGGUAGACAGGUUGGUAUGUGGUCUAAUAGAUUUCUUGGGACAAAAGAAACAACAUAAAACAUGACAGCCACAGGUGACUAUAUUCAGGUGCACCAAUGGAGAUCAGAAAAGAAAAUAUAACCUCUGAAUCAGGAUUAUACUUGACAAUAAUGAAUGGCAUUGUUGGCUAGCUCAACUGAAGCGACCACCCACCUUGUAAUGCUCACUCCCUCAAACUCCCGACGACCGUGUUUUGUGCCGUGACUCCAUAAUUCCGACAGUGAGUUACGGACCAGCAGUAAUCUCAAAAAUCCAGUUCUGACUUCACUGCUCUUUUAGUGAAUGUGGAAUAUGAGUCCCUUAGCAUUCCUUCCCCUGCCGUAUCUUUUAGUGGUGUGUAAAUUUUUUUUUCCUUUUCAUCUUCGAGGAGAGGAGGAAUGCAGGAAGCAGAUGAUAUAAAGGGCAGGACAGGAACAUUUCAUAAUGCUUUAAAGACCACCUGGCCUCACGAGUAAGUGUGACUGCCGCGCUGAGCGGCUGUUCCAGAUAAUCCUGAAUGGGGAUUAGCAUCUCAGAAUCCCCAGAAGAAGCUCUCGUCACUGGAGGCAGUGUUUAGCUUUGGCCUUUCUGGAUAGUAUCACUCCAUCAAUCUGACCAUCGUGUUUUGGUAAAUUCUCUAUUGCAGUAAAAAGUGUUAUUUUUCAGUAUGAUUUUGGAUCUUUAUUAAUGGUAAAAAACAAACAUGGUGUGCUUAUAAAACAAAUAAAAUCCAAGUUAUUUCAUAUUAAA